AUGGCCUCUGCUGUUCUGGCCACGGCUCAGUGCAGUGUUCUGACUCUUGCCACGAAUGUAACCCCAUUGAUCUAGCUGAAAGCCAAGCAAAUCCAAAGCCCCCUGUCGCCGCUCUUGCACGAGCGCAUGGAGGGAAAGGGGUCUCGCUCUCGCAGCAGGAGGAGCUGGAUCUGGAACCAGUUCUUUGUGAUCGAGGAGUACGCCGGGCCUGAACCUGUGCUCAUCGGACGGCUCCACACUGACAUGGACAGGAAUGAUGGACGCACAAAGUACGUCCUGCGAGGCGAGGGGGCCGGCUCGGUCUUUGUGAUUGAUGAGAAGACGGGGAACAUCCACGUCACAAAGCCGCUGGACCGUGAGGAGAAGGACGAGUACCGUCUCGUCGCCACGGCCACGGACAGGCAGACCGACCGGGCCCUGGAGCCGUCGUCACAGUUUAUAAUUCGGGUGCAGGACAUCAAUGACAACCCGCCUCUGUUUGAUGACGGCCCCUACAGCGCCACCGUGCCGGAGAUGGCAAAUAUAGGCACGUCCAUAAUCCAGGUGACAGCGACAGAUGCCGAUGACCCGACUUAUGGGAACAGCGCCAGGCUCGUGUACACACUGGUACAGGGACAACAGUACUUCUCAGUCGAUCCCCAGACAGGUAUUCUGCGUACAGCCGUGCCCGACAUGGACAGGGAGACCCAGGACCAAUUCCUGGUGGUGCUCCAGGCCAAGGACAUGGGGGGUCAUCUGGGCGGACUCUCCGGGACCACCACCGUCACCGUCCACCUCACUGAUGUUAACGAUAAUCCUCCACGGUUCACCCAGAGUAUGUGGUCCUUCUCCGUUUCUGAGCUCGCCAUCCCUGGUGCUGAGAUAGGCCGUAUAUCAGCCACUGAUGCCGACCUCGGCGAGAAUGCCAAGCUGGAGUUUACCAUCCUGGAGGGGGAGACCGGGGACACGUUCAACAUCACCGGAGUGAACCAAGAGGCUGUCAUCAUGCUCAACAAGGCUGUUGACUACGAGAGCCGGAGCUCCUACUCUUUCUCUGUGGAGGUCCUCAACCACAUAGUGGACCCUCGCUUCCUGCGCCGAGGCCCCUUCAAGGACCGGGCCUCCAUCAGGGUCGCGGUCCUGGACGCAGACGAGCCGCCCAAGUUCUCCCGGUCCAGAUAUCACAUGGAUGUUUCUGAGAACUGUCCGCCAGCCUGCACUGUGGGCCGGGUCAGCGCUGUAGACCCUGACACUGGACUCACCAAUAAUAUCAGGUUCUCCAUUGAUCCACAGUCCGACCCAGAGGCUCUGUUUCGCAUCACCCCCGACACCGGCCUCAUCACCACGGCCACGGAGCUGGACCGAGAACGCGAGCACUGGCACAACAUCACCGUCAUCGCCACGCAGAGAGACAAUCCCAGCCAGGUGUCCAGAGUUCUGGUCGCAGUAGAGACAUUGGACCUGAAUGACAACGCGCCGGAGCUGGACAGACAAUACACGACAGCCAUGUGUGACUCCUCCUCCAUCGGGCAGGUGGUGCAGGUGCUGCGGGCGAUUGAUAGAGAUGAGGGAGGGAAUGACAGCACCGUGUAUUUCAGCAUCCCUCCGGAGUCCAGCACCGCUCUCAACUUCAGUGUCAGGGACAGUGGUGGCACCACAGCCAGCCUGGUGCUCCUCUCCCAGCUUCAGCCGCUGUCCCGCUCCCAGUCCUCCACCCUGACGCUCUUUGUGCCCCUGGUGCUGAGGGACGGCACGUCGGGUCUCACCAGCACCAGCACCGUCACCGUGUCCGUCUGUCCCUGCCUGAGAGGGGGAGCUCGGGCGGUGUGUCUCCCCCAGCAGUCCACGCUGCCGUCUCCUGGCCUCAGUACUGCCGCCCUGCUGGCCAUCCUGGCUUGUGUUGCUACACUACUGGCGGUGAGCGCCCUGUCAUUGUCACUGCGCCGUCAGAAGCGUGACUCCCUGUCACCGCUGGAGGAGGACGACGUUCGAGAGAACAUCAUAACAUACGACGACGAGGGCGGGGGGGAGGCCGACACGGCCGCUUUUGACAUCGCGGCGCUCCAGAGUGCGCCGCACAGCUCGCGCACGCACGGCUAUCGCACUCUAGACAGCAGGAACGUACGUUACACACAUCGCAGCCAAGACAAAGCUCGCACCUACAGCUGGGCUCAGAAUCCGGGUGUGGAUCACAACUACACAGGCCCAGUAGGACCCCUCUAUGGUCGCCUCUGUUACAGCAGCCACACUUUACCGGUUCUCCGGCGCACGCCAGGCGGCACAUUAGAACCAGGCAUGGCAGAGAUGGGAUACCGCUUCCCUGGUGGCCAUCCAGACCACUCCCUGGUCAUCCAGAACCAGGGGGCCAUGGCGGGGGCGAUGGAGUCUGGGGCAGUUUACAUUACCCCCACGGACGGAAGCCGAAUGGGGAGUUGCGCGGGAAGCCGAGAAGGGACCGCACCCCAGAGUGCCGUGAGCACGUCCGACGGAGGAACGCCAAGGACCAGUGACAGCCAUGACAGAGGGGGAGGGACAAGGACUGCAAGCAACUGCACCGAGGGGAGCAACGAGGAGAAAAUGAACCACAGUCAGGACGGCGACUGGGUGCAGUCGGAGUCGUUUCCCAGGGAGCAUAAUCUCGUCUUGACCCGAUCUGGCUCCGUGGUUGGCCAGGGUCAUGGGGGGGGAGGCUGGAUGAGCGACUCGGCUACACUCCCCCUGGCAGGACGCAGGGCUUCCCGUGCCGGCUUGUCCCCAAAUCGCACAAGCUCCGGCCAUAAUGAGUCUGACUCCAGCGGAGGAGGAGGUGGAGGAAGAGGAGGAGGAAGCGGAGAUGGACAACAGCAACCUUCCAAUGGACGCAACUAUGCCACUGUGCUGCACAGGGAGAUGUCUGGACAGAGGGACUACCCUGGCACCUUGGGGAGGGGAGGACUGGAGAUGGGAAGCAACUUUGUGGUGGCAAGGCCAGACAGGGAGGGUGGAGGGAUAUCACUGGCCGGGCCUCCACCUGUCUACCAGGAAACACCUGGCUUUAUAAGGGACUGGCGUGAUCGGAUGGGUCUGGGAGGGUACGUUUUGGGCAGAAGGGAUAUGACCCCACAGCUUUUGCCCUUUCCAGGGCAUCCUCGAGGAGCGUAUAGUGGUGUGAUGGGCUUUGGGGCCGGUUGGGUUCCAGGGAUGGAGGCAGCAAGAGAUGCUCCAGGGCCCGGGGGUCCCUCCUUGGCACUGAGGGUGGGUGAGUUCCUACGACUGCGCCUUGCCCAGGUCACCUUUGACCCCUCACAGCCACCGUAUGACUCGGUGCAGGUGUACGGCCUGGAGGGGACAGGGUCCAGGGCUGGAUCCCUCAGCUCACUGGAGAGCGAGGGGGAGAAGGAUGCAGAAAAGGAGGAUUGGGGAGCGGGGCUGGAUGAGUGGGGUCCCCCGUUUGAGAAUUUAGCCCAGCUUUUCAAAGUAAGAGAAAAAGAGAAGGAAGAGAAGGAGAAAGUUGAGGAGUGUGUCAAGAAGGAGAAUGAAAUGAAUGAGGAGCCUGAGAAGAAAGAGAAAAAAGAUAGAGGAGAGCAGGCUAGAGAGGAAGGGAAAGACUGA